AUGGAUGAAUCCCUCUGGAAACAUCUGUAUGGAUUGUUUCAUUACAACCCCACAAUGCUUGGACUUGAGUCACUUCCAGAUCCUACAAAUACCUGGGAAAUUAUAGAGACCAUAGGUAAAGGCACCUAUGGCAAGGUCUACAAAGUAACUAACAAGAGAGAUGGGAGCCUGGCCGCAGUAAAAAUUCUAGAUCCAAUCAGUGAUAUGGAUGAAGAGAUUGAGGCAGAAUACAACAUUUUGCAGUUUCUUCCAAAUCAUCCCAACGUUGUAAAGUUUUAUGGGAUGUUUUACAAAACGGAUCACUGUGUGGGAGGACAGCUGUGGCUGGUCCUGGAGCUGUGUAAUGGGGGCUCCGUCACCGAGCUGGUCAAAGGUCUACUCAGGUGCGGCCAGCGGCUGGAUGAAGCAGUGAUCUCAUACAUCUUAUACGGGGCCCUCUUGGGCCUUCAGCAUUUGCACAAUAACCGAAUCAUCCACCGUGAUGUCAAGGGGAAUAACAUUCUUCUGACAACAGAAGGAGGAGUUAAGCUCGUUGACUUUGGUGUCUCAGCUCAACUUACCAGUACACGUCUACGGAGAAAUACGUCUGUUGGCACCCCGUUCUGGAUGGCCCCUGAGGUCAUUGCUUGUGAGCAGCAGUAUGACUCUUCCUACGAUGCUCGCUGUGAUGUCUGGUCCUUGGGGAUCACAGCCAUUGAACUGGGGGAUGGAGACCCUCCCCUCUUUGACAUGCAUCCUGUGAAAACGCUCUUUAAGAUUCCAAGAAACCCUCCACCUACUUUACUUCAUCCAGAAAAAUGGUGUGAGGAAUUCAACCACUUUAUUUCACAGUGUCUCAUUAAGGAUUUUGAAAAGCGGCCUUCUGUCACACAUCUCCUCGACCACCCAUUUAUUAAGGGAGUCCAUGGAAAGGUUUUGUUCCUGCAAAAACAGCUGGCCAAGGUCCUCCAAGACCAGAAGCAUCUAAAUCCUGUUGUUAAAACCAGGCACGAGAGGAUGCAUACCAGACGACCCUAUCGUGUGGAAGAUGCUGAAAAAUACUGCCUUGAGGAUGAUUUGGUCAAUCUAGAGGUUCUGGAUGAGGAUACAAUUAUUCAUCAGUUGCAGAAGCGUUAUGUGGACUUACUGAUUUAUACAUAUGUUGGAGACAUCUUAAUUGCCUUAAACCCCUUCCAGAAUCUAAGCAUAUACUCUCCACAGUUUUCCAGACUUUAUCAUGGAGUCAAACGUGCCUCAAAUCCCCCCCACAUAUUUGCAUCGGCAGAUGCUGCUUACCAGUGCAUGGUCACUUUCAACAAAGACCAGUGCAUUGUCAUCAGCGGAGAAAGUGGUUCUGGGAAGACGGAAAGUGCCCACCUGAUUGUUCAGCAUUUGACUUUCUUGGGAAAGGCGAAUAAUGAGACCUUGAGAGAGAAAAUUCUGCAAGUCAACUCUCUGGUGGAAGCCUUUGGAAAUGCAUGCACUGCCAUCAAUGACAAUUCCAGCCGUUUUGGAAAAUAUCUGGAAAUGAUGUUUACACCAACUGGAGCUGUGAUGGGGGCGAGAAUCUCUGAAUAUCUCCUUGAAAAAUCCAGAGUUAUAAAACAGGCAGCAGGAGAGAAAAAUUUUCACAUAUUUUACUAUAUCUACACUGGUCUUUAUCACCAAAAGAAACUUUCUGAAUUUAGACUUCCUGAGGAAAAGCCUCCUAGGUACAUAGCUGAUGAAACUGGAAGGGUGAUGCAUGACAUAACUUCCAAGGAGUCUUACAGAAGACAAUUUGAAGCAAUUCAGCAUUGCUUCAGGAUUAUAGGGUUCACUGACAAGGAAGUGCACUCAGUGUACAGAAUUUUGGCUGGGAUUUUGAAUAUUGGAAACAUUGAGUUUGCAGCUAUUUCUUCUCAACAUCAGACUGAUAAAAGUGAGGUGCCCAAUGCUGAAGCCUUGGAAAAUGCUGCCUCCGUUCUCUGCAUCAGCCCUGAAGAGCUCCAAGAGGCCCUCACUUCACACUGUGUGGUCACCCGGGGUGAGACCAUCGUCCGCGCCAACACUGUUGACAGGGCCGCAGACGUCCGAGAUGCCAUGUCCAAAGCCUUGUAUGGGAGGCUCUUCAGCUGGAUCGUAAAUCGCAUCAAUACACUCUUGCAGCCAGACAAAAACAUAUGCGCUGCUGACGGUGGUAUGAAUGUGGGGAUCUUGGAUAUUUUUGGAUUCGAGAACUUUCAGAGGAAUUCAUUCGAGCAGCUCUGCAUAAACAUUGCCAAUGAGCAAAUCCAGUACUAUUUCAAUCAGCACGUUUUUGCUCUCGAGCAGAUGGAAUAUCAGAAUGAGGGUAUUGACGCCACACCCGUGGAGUAUGAGGACAAUCGCCCACUCUUGGAUAUGUUCCUCCAGAAACCCCUGGGACUGCUUGCACUGUUGGAUGAGGAGAGUCGGUUUCCCCAAGCAACUGACCAGACCCUGGUUGAUAAAUUUGAAGACAACCUCCGGUGCAGAUACUUCUGGAGGCCCAAAGGGAUGGAGCUGUGCUUUGGCAUUCAGCACUAUGCUGGGAAGGUAUUAUAUGAUGCUUCUGGGGUUCUUGAGAAAAACAGAGACACUCUCCCUGCUGAUGUGGUUGUCAUACUGAGAACAUCAGAAAACCAGCUUCUUCAGCAACUCUUUUCAAUCCCUUUAACCAAAACAGGUAACUUGGCCCAGACAAGAGCCAGAAUAACAGCAGCCUCAAGAUCUUUGCCUCCGCAUUUCAGUGUCAGUGCCGGGAGACCAAAGGUAGACACUUUGGAGGUGAUACGACAUCCAGAGGAAACCACCAACAUGAAGGGGCAGACCGUGGCUUCCUACUUCCGGUAUUCUCUGAUGGAUCUGCUCUCCAAAAUGGUGGUCGGGCAGCCCCACUUUGUACGCUGCAUCAAACCCAAUGAUGACCGAGAGGCCCUGAAGUUCUCCCGAGACAGAGUGCUAGCCCAGCUCCGCUCCACAGGGAUCCUGGAGACGGUCAGCAUCCGCCAGCAGGGGUAUUCCCACCGCAUUCUCUUUGAAGAGUUUGUGAAAAGGUAUUAUUACUUGGCUUUCAGGACACAUCAGACACUUCUUGCUAGCAAAGAGAGCUGUGUUGCUAUCUUGGAAAAAUCCAGAUUAGAUCACUGGCUGCUGGGGAAAACAAAGGUUUUUCUCAAGUAUUACCAUGUUGAGCAGUUAAAUUUGCUACUGCGGGAAGUCAUAGGCAGAGUGGUUGUGCUGCAGGCGUAUGCCAAGGGAUGGCUUGGAGCCAGGAGAUACAAAAAAGUCAGAGAGAAGAGAGAGAAGGGGGCCGUUGCCAUCCAGUCAGCCUGGAGAGGAUAUGAUGCUCGGAGGAAAUUUAAGAAAAUAAGCAACAGAAGGAAUGAGUCUGCUGCUCAUAUUCAAGCAGGGCGCCCUUCAGACCAGAACCGUGACCUGCAUCCCGCUGUCACAGCAGGCACCAGAGGAACCGUCCAGGUUCAGGAUGGCCGUGAGCCUGGCAACCACAAAGUUCUGAGGGGCUCUAUAGACCAUAAAAGCAGUCCACAAGCAGAAUCCAACAAUCGCCAUGCAGAGACUUCAAGCUACUCUCCUGCUAUUACUGAGAAAAACUGGCAUUCACAAGCCCAGAGUUCUUCAAAAGGGUACAAUGUCUUCGCAGGACAUUCAAAUAAGCACCCUGUUUCUGGGACUGGUUCACUGUCUUCUCGGACUUGCCAUGCUGCUCCAGACCGCCCAGGACUGAGUCCCCCCAGAGGAGCCCCUGCAAAACCUGAUUCAAAAAAUGAUCUUGCACAGAAGCAGCGUACACCUCGCCGAAGAUGUCAGCAGCCCAAAAUGCUGAGUAGCCCUGAGGACACCAUGUACUAUAACCAGUUAAAUGGAACUCUAGAAUAUCAAGGGAGCAAGAGGAAGCCAAGAAAACUUGGCCAAAUCAAAGUGCUUGACGGGGAAGAUGAAUAUUACAAGUCACUGUCACCUGUGGAUUCUAUCCCUGAGGAUGACUCAACCCACCCUUUCUUCUUUCCCUCAUCCUCAAAAGGAGCAUCUUUUGCUCAGCACUGAGCUGUACUUCCUGCCCCUAAGUCUGCUGAGGGUAAGAACAAUCAUGGUAAUUAACUGAUGGGCACGUAAUAAGAAAGCACUGCCGCGGGGUCAGUGUCUCUGGACGUGUGGUCUGUGCCAGAGCCUUACUCUAUAAUUUUCAGAUUCUGAACCAUUUUCUCCUACCUCCAUCACCCUCCCCACACCUGCUUUGUAGUCUAAGCUGGCAGCCCCUCCUUUUCUCAUCCCAUGGGUCCCUGUGAGACACUGAGCCCACUUCCACUACAGCAACAACCAUCAUUCAUGCCCCCAACAUCUAACACGGUAACAAUCUCACUCAUGAACACUGAUAAUAUUUCUUUAUUUGUCCCACCAUAUCAUUCCACGCAGAAUCUUGCCCCUGUGAAAAUCCAGGAGUCCCUUUCCUCCUCCCCCGUCCACUGCAUUGCCUUCCCCUUUGCUGAUCUUUUCUACCUUCCCCUCCUCUCCCCAGCAUCAUGGCUCUGUGGCUGAGUGUCCCCAUCCUGGAGGGCUACACUCAAGGGCUCUGAGGCAAAGAUAAUGUUUUGUGUUUAUGAGGAGAGGCCUGAAUCUUUCAGUUUCUUCCUGUAAGGCAAAUGAACCGUCUCUUGCUAAUUAUUAUGCUGAUAAAGGCUUUGCCCCUUGAUUCUGCCUUACCAAGACGGCCCCAUCACCUUUGCAGUAAAAAGAAAGGAGUGAGACAGAAGGUUUGGACCUGUCAGAGUCCGUGUCACAUUGUUUUGUAACUUUCCAUUCUCUAGUUGGCUGUCUCCACAAGGCUCUGAGCAGCAGCAGAGGAAGCUUUUUGUGGGCACAGAACCUAGCACAGUGCCUGGCACACUGUAGACAUCCAGUGACUACCCACCCUUCAGUGAGUGAGAGACUUAGUUACACAAAUAUGUCCGGAUGGGAAAGGUAUAGCGUAGUGGUAAAGUGCAUGCCUGGCAUGCACAAGGUCCUGGGUUCAAUUCCUAGUACCUCUGUUUAAAAAAAUAAAUAAAUAAAUCCAAAAUUACCUCCCCCCAUUAAAAAAGCUUUUUAAAGAAAGAAAAGAAAAACAAACAUAUCUGACAGGAAAGUUACUUUCUAUUAUGUUAUACAUGAUGAAUCACUUUUCUUAUACCAUAAGCUCUGAUUUUUCAUUGAAGUUUGGGCUAGUCCUAUUGUUAUGAUAUUAUAUCAUGUUUUACUUAAUGUGAUUCAAUACAACAAACUUUUUUUGAGUAACUGCUCUGUGCAAAACAAUAUGUGAGAUUGCUGUGUGAUGUCAAAACCUAACAAGACGCUUUCUCUGGAAAAGAUGUUCCUAACAUUUUUCUUACUAUAAAAUAUUUGGCAGAUACUACACAUGGGAGUACCAGAUUUUAAGAAAAAUAAGCUUGAAGAAGUAGAAAAAAUUAUUAGAAUUUUAAAGGAGAGAGUUCUAAGAAGCAUUUUACAAACAUAAAUAAUGAAAUGAGGCAUUUAAAAAUCUCAGUGAUUGUAAUUUUACUAGAAAAAGAAAUACUGUCAAUCAUUCAGUAGUUCAACUUUACUUUUUAAAAAAUGAAUCUUGAUUUUUUUUCUAGAUCUUUAUCCCCCAAGGUAAAGCUCACAAGAUAUGCAAGUAGAGCAGAAGCCCAAAUAAAUUUUAUUUUAUUGUUUAGAAAAUAGUAUCUAGAAUGUAUAGAUUCUUAGCAUUAUUAUUAAUUUAAGUGUUUUUGGAAAUUUCACUUUUAUCAUUGAUUCAUCUGCUUUUGAUUUGGUAACAUAGCUGCCUUUUCAAACUGUUGAAUAUAAAUAUUCCUAACUUCCCAUUUGUCCAUAUACAAUGUAAUUGUAUACCUGCCUUGUUUCUAAUUAAAAUAAAUCUAUAAAUAAAGUAUAAUAGGAAAUAGAAGUAAUUAUAAAAUCAUAAUUCAGAAGCUCUGCAAUAAUUGGUCAUUGCCACAGCUAUAACUCCUAAUAGUACUUUAGAAACGGUGUUUAUUCAGCUACAGCAUAGGCAAGACAGACUGUAGGUAUUAUUCUUGGGCUAGUUGGUGUGCUGCAAACUCAAAAAGCAAUCAGUAAAUGAGAAUUAAAUCAGAAGAUGAGAAUAACAUAAACUGGAAUCUCAUAAGUGUCUUGCUAGAUUUACCAAGGUAAUACGCACAUGGCAAAAACAAAACAGAAAUCAAAUAGUCCAGAGGGUUGAUAGUGAAACACAGUCUUCUCUAUGCUCCUACCUUAUUCCCUCUCCCAGAAGCAACCAUUUUUUUGCAAUUUCUAAUUCUUUUCCUGGUUUCCAUCAUGUCUCCGAAUAAUUUGGUUCAACAUUCUUGAUUUAUCACUUUAAACAAUAUCUACUCUCCCCAUCUAUGAAAGAUGUGCAUUUGUUGCAGUGUCGCCUCCCCUCUCUCCUACUUCUUUUGGUGCUUACAAUUUUGUGUUUAAAUUUUUUUGAUUUCCUUUUAAACUUAAAUUAUAUAAUUAAACACUGAUUUUUCUUUGCCACUUAGAUAGUAUCUUUAUGAGAUACCUGACAUGAAGAAAAUCAACAGACUGAAGGGUAAUGUCAAGACAAAUAGGAUUAUGGUCCCUGGACAAAAUAGAAAUAAUUCUGAGAUAGAACAACCUUUUAAAAUUUCACUACUGGUAUUCAUGUUCCAAGCUGCCGUUUGUUCUUCCAUUUUGGGUUCAUCUGCGAAUAUGCCUCCAUUAACUUUUUUAACUUAAUUUUUAAAGUAUAAUUCAUAUACAGAAAAGAGCACAAAUCAGAAGACUCAGCUCAGUAGUUAUCAGAAAGUGAGUAUCUGGGUCACCACUCCUACAGUCAAGAACAGAACAUUGUCAGCACACUAGAAGCCUCCCUCAUGUCCCUUCCCAGUCACUACUCCCUCACCUGCCUCCCCAAAGUUAAGCAUGUCAUGACUUCUGUGGUAAACACUACUUUGCUUUUCUUUAUAGUUUUACCACUUACAUAUAUCCCUAAACACUAUAGUUAGGUUUUGCCUCUUGUUGGUAGGUUUGGGGAACUUUACAUAAGUAAAAUCAUGUAGUAUAUAAUUUUGGGAGUCUUGUUUCUUUAUUCACUAUUAUAUUUGUGAAAUUCAUCUGUGUUGUGAAAUGUAAAUGUAGUUCAUUCAUUUUCAUUACUGUAAUAGUAUUCCAGUAUAUGAAUAUGCCAUAAUUGAUUUACCCAUUCUACUUUUGAUAGACAAAUAUGAAUUGUUUCCAAUCUGGGGCUAUUUUGCAAAUUUCUACUACAAGCAUUGUUGUGUAUUUCUCUUAGUGUAUGUUUGCAUGCACUGUUGGCUGUAUACCUAGGAUUAGAAUUGCAGGGUCCUAAGGUGCACAUACCUUCACUUUAGUAGAUGAUGCCAAACUGUUUUCCUAAGUGAUUGUACCAAUUCAGAGUCAAACCAGUGAUAGAAGAGUGUUCCCAUUGUUCUGCAUUCUCACCACCUCUUGCUAUUAUUAGUCUUCUUCAUAUGGGCACUCUGAUGGCUAUAUAGUAGAAUCUCACUGUGAUUAUAGCUCACACAUCAUGGAAUAAUAAUGAUAUUAAGCACAUUUGUAUGUGUUUAGUGGCCAUUUAGAUAUCUUCCUUUGUUACAUGUGCACUUUUAAUUGAUCAACUAUUUUUUCUUUUAAUUUGAAGAAAUGAAUUAUAUAUUGUUAGUCAUAUGUGUUGCAAAUAAUUCCUCCACUAGGUGGCUUGCCCCUUCUUUCUCUUAAAGUGCCUUUUGAUUGAAAAAAAAGUUUUAAAUUUUAACAUAGUACAACUUAUCAGUCUUUUCCUUUCUGAUUAGUGCUUUUUAUAGCCCAUUAAGAAUCUUAUACUCCACGGUCAUAAAGAUAUUUGUGUUUAGUAUCUUCUGAAAGCAUUAUUGUUUUGCCCUUCACGUUUAACCCUUCAAGCCACACAGAACUGACUCUGCAAAUGGUCACCAUUUGCAGGUUUUCUAUAAUGGAUAUUCAGUUGUCUCAGCCCGAGUCAGUGAGAAAGCCAUCCUUUUCCUACUGCUGUAAACUACUACGAUUUACAUACAUCAAGUGUUCAUGGGUCUA